AUGGGAGAUUCUAAGUAUGAGAAGUGGGAAAAGUUUGGGGCCAGUGAUCUGUAUGCCUACUUUGGUAUCAUGAUAUUGAUGGGGCUUGUUGAUCUCCCUUACCUUUACAACUACUGGAGCAAGGACAAAAUUUUUUGUUAUCCAGCUAUUGCUGAAAAAAUGGCGCGUGAUCGCUUCAUUGACAUUCACAAGUACCUUCAUUUUACUAACAAUGAAGCACAUGGCAGUGAUCUAGAUCACCUGUGGAAGGUAAGGGAAGUACUAAGUAUGAUAAAAAGGUUUUGCCUUUAUAAUCAAAACAGAGAAUGCCCCAUUGACAAGGUGAUGGUUCCAUACAAAGGGAACUCGUCACUCAAGCAAUAUAUGCCAAAGAAGCCUGUGAGACGUGGUUUAAAGGUGUCGGUGAGAGCAUAUAGCCAUAAAAGAUGUGUCUCAAUUCCAAGUGUAUGUAAGCAGGGAAAUAUCACCAUAGAGGGGUCUUGGGGCGAGAGUAGUGAAAGAUCUUUCUCGCAGCCUUGUACACAAGCACCAUCACUUAUACUGUGA